CACAAAUACCGACAAAGAGGCAGUCAGGAUGAAGCUGCUGCUGGUUGCUGCUGCUGCUCUGGCCGUGGCCAGCGGAGCCAGCAUCUCUCUGGAGGACCUGGAGUUCCACGCCUGGAAACUCAAGUUUGGACGCUCGUACAACUCUCCAUCAGAGGAGGCUCACCGCAGGGAAAUCUGGCUCACCAACCGCAGGCUGGUGCUGGUGCACAACAUCAUGGCUGAUCAGGGCAUCAAGUCCUACCGCCUCGGCAUGACCUACUUUGCUGACAUGGAAAAUGAAGAGUACAAACGCCUGAUUUCCCAGGGCUGCCUGGGCUCUUUCAACACCUCUCUGCCUCGCCGCGGCUCUGCUUUCCUGCGGCUGCCUGACGGAGCUGAUCUGCCCAACACUGUAGACUGGAGGGACAAGGGAUACGUCACUGAUGUCAAAGAUCAGAAGCAGUGUGGCUCAUGCUGGGCCUUCAGCACAACUGGCUCGCUGGAGGGUCAGAACUUCAGGAAGACAGGUAAGCUGGUGUCUCUGAGCGAGCAGCAGCUGGUUGACUGCUCCGGCAACUACGGCAAUAUGGGUUGCAUGGGAGGCCUGAUGGACAACGCCUUCAAGUACAUAAUCGCCAACGGAGGGAUCGACACAGAGGACUCCUACCCUUAUGAGGCAGAGGACGGUCGCUGUCGGUACAACCCUAACAAUGUUGGUGCCACAAUGACAGGAUAUGUCGAUGUGGCGCCAGGUGAUGAAGACGCCCUGCAGCAGGCUGUGGCCACUGUCGGACCUGUGUCUGUGGCUAUUGAUGCUUCUCAUGCGUCCUUCCAGCUGUACCAAUCAGGAGUGUAUGAUGAGCCAGACUGCAGCAGCUCAGACUUGGACCACGGCGUCCUGGCUGUGGGUUACGGCACUGACAACGGGCAUGACUACUGGCUGGUAAAGAACAGCUGGGGUCUAGAAUGGGGAGACAAGGGAUACAUCAAGAUGACCAGAAACAAACACAACCAGUGCGGCAUCGCCACAGCAUCCAGCUACCCGCUGGUCUGAGCAGGUCCAGGACUUUCCUCAGUGAGAAGGAGAAAAGUGAUGCAUAAUUUACUUUAAUUUCAUAAAGAAGCUGAGUUAUUGAACAAGUUGUCAUUUUGUUGUUCUGUGGAAGUUAGUAGGGUACAGAGUCUGUAUGCACUUUUAAUAGAAUAACAUUUUUUAGGAAGAUUGUAAAUAAAUGUAAAGAAAUAAAAAGAUACAAAAUUAAA